CGUUGGGUAUUCAACAUGGCGGCGGCAGUGGCCGCGGUGGACGCGGCGCAAGAGAGCUGAGGGCGGCGCGAGGGCGCGGAGUUCGGGGCCGAGCAGAUGGCUGAGUCUGCUGUGUGGGGAACAGAGUGUGGAGCACGUCAGCAAGGAGUCCUGUGAGGAAGCUGCUGUGAUGGCCCAAGCAGGAGAAGAAGAUGAGUAACCCAAAGCCCAGAGAGGAGUUGUCGCCUGCCUGAGGGCACUUUUAGCAGAUCCAGCAUCAAACCAGGCCCCCUGGGAGGAGCCCAAGCGUCCAGCGCCAUGUUUGGUAAGAAGAAGAAGCGGGUGGAGAUCUCGGCGCCCUCUAACUUUGAGCACCGCGUGCACACGGGCUUUGACCAGCACGAGCAGAAGUUCACAGGGCUGCCCCGCCAGUGGCAGAGCCUGAUCGAGGAGUCGGCGCGCCGGCCCAAGCCGCUCAUUGACCCUGCCUGCAUCACCUCCAUCCAGCCUGGGGCCCCCAAGACCAUCGUGCGGGGCAGCAAAGGUGCCAAGGAUGGGGCCCUCACGCUGCUGCUCGACGAGUUUGAGAACAUGUCGGUGACACGCUCCAACUCCCUGCGGAGAGACAGCCCGCCACCCCCUGCCCGCGCCCGCCAGGAGAACGGGCUGCCCCAGGAGCAGGCUGCCAUGGCCAGAGGGGGCCCGGACAAAGCAGGCAGCCGAGGCCAGGCCACCACUCGCAGCGAGGCGGGUGGUGGCAGCAGUGACAGGCGGCGGGUGGGGCCGGAGAAGAGGCCCAAGCCUUCCAGGGAGGGCCCAAGGGUGCCCCAGGAGUCCUCCUGGGACAAACGCCCCCUCUCUGGGCCUGAUGUCAGCGGGGCGAAACUGGCAGCUGGCCGGCCCUUUAACACAUACCCGCGGGACACAGACCACCCAUCCCGUGGUGCCCAGGGGGAGCCUCACGGCAGGGCCCCCAACGGGCCAUCCACAGGGGGUCUGUCUGCCCCCCAGUCCUCCUCCCGGCUCCCCACCCAAGUCCGCAGCGCCCCCAGCCCGGGAGUGCUGGGCCCCCAUGCCUCUGAGCCCCAGCUGGCCCCUCUGGCCCGCACCCCUGCUGCCCCUGCCGCCCCCGGGCCCCCUGGCCCCCGCUCACCCCAGCGGGAACCCCAGCGGGUAUCCCAUGAGCAGUUCCGGGCCGCCCUGCAGCUGGUGGUAGACCCAGGUGACCCUCGCUCCUACCUGGACAACUUCAUCAAGAUCGGCGAGGGCUCCACGGGCAUCGUCUGCAUUGCCACCGUGCGCAGCUCCGGCAAGCUGGUGGCCGUCAAGAAGAUGGACCUGCGCAAGCAGCAGAGGCGUGAACUGCUGUUCAACGAGGUGGUGAUCAUGCGGGACUACCAGCACGAGAACGUGGUGGAGAUGUACAACAGCUACCUGGUGGGAGAUGAGCUCUGGGUGGUGAUGGAGUUCCUGGAGGGAGGUGCCCUCACCGACAUUGUCACCCACACCAGGAUGAACGAGGAACAGAUUGCCGCCGUGUGCCUGGCUGUGCUGCAGGCCCUGUCUGUGCUCCACGCCCAGGGUGUUAUCCACCGGGACAUCAAGAGUGACUCCAUCCUGCUGACCCACGACGGCCGGGUGAAGCUGUCAGACUUUGGGUUCUGCGCCCAGGUGAGCAAGGAGGUGCCACGGAGGAAGUCGCUGGUGGGCACACCCUACUGGAUGGCCCCGGAGCUCAUCUCCCGCCUUCCCUAUGGGCCAGAGGUGGACAUCUGGUCUCUGGGAGUGAUGGUGAUCGAGAUGGUGGACGGGGAGCCCCCCUAUUUCAACGAGCCGCCCCUCAAAGCCAUGAAGAUGAUUCGGGACAACCUGCCACCCCGGCUGAAGAACCUGCACAAGGUGUCGCCAUCCCUGAAGGGCUUUCUGGACCGCCUGCUGGUGCGUGACCCUGCCCAGCGGGCCACAGCAGCUGAGCUGCUGAAGCAUCCGUUCCUGGCCAAGGCGGGACCGCCCGCCAGCAUCGUGCCCCUCAUGCGCCAAAACCGCACCAGAUGAAGCCCAGGACGCUGGCCCUGAACCAAAGAGCCCCUCGGGCCAUCCUGCCCCACCGGAAGCCAGUAGGGGCCUGGCCCCCACUCCGCCCACCCUGGGAGACACUCCGUGUGGCGCCACCCCCCUUGCAGGGUGUCGGACCCUACUACUGAACUUCGGUUUAGACUUUUAAAGAAAACCCAGAGACUCGUGGGAGCAGUGAGGCUCCCAGGACACCCCUUCCAUCCAGGACAGGCUCUUGCCUGUGUCCCCUGUCUCCUGGAAGGACAGGCACCCUCCCAUCACUGGAAACCUGCAGCGGGCUUGCUGAAGGUGGAGAGAACACUACGACAGGUGUGUGUGCACGCGGUGUGGACGGUCCUGCAAGUGGGCACCUCAGACCUCGCCUGACGUAUAGCCCCCCUGAGCCAUGUGGGGGUCAAUCAUGAAUGUCUGAAGAGUGGCCUUUUCCCUUAGCCCUGCACACACCCCCUAGGCAUGGACAGGGGGCCGGGGAUCAGAGCUCCCCACCUAUCCCUUGCCGCUGCAGAAAAUGACUACUGCACCCAGACGGCCUCCUCUUUUCUAGAAAUCUAUUUAUAUUGCCAUUUUAUAACACUCUGGCCCCUGCCCCCACCUGGGGACAGACGGCCCUUGUCCUGCGGGGUGGCACCGGGGACAGAACCACUGUCUGAAGAAUCAGGUUCCUGGCUCCUCGGCGCAGCCCCGCCCUUUCCCUCCCUCAAGUUAGUUUUACAAUUAAAACAUUUUCUUGUUU